UUCUUGUACCUGUUCGCCUGAAGCGAGUGCGACAUUUACUUUGUGUUCAUCUCAAAACAACAUGCUGCUCAGCUUUUUUCUCCUGUUCUUUUUGUGUGAGAGCACAGUGAAAUCCCAGAUUACAGCAGGGUUUACAAGCCGUGCUUUUACCACAAGAAGGACUAUUCCUACAGAGGCUCCAGAAGAAAAGCUACCUCCUCUGCAGCUGGUUGCCACACCAAACUACCCAGUUGCAGUAGGUCAAAAAGUCCACCUGCACUGCAGUGCUGUCAACAUGACCGUCUCAGUCAAGUGGGUCUGGCAACGUCAAGAAAAUCAGACCUGGCAAGAAGUGGGCACUGGUAGGGAUCAGACCCUAACUGAGCCAGAGGAGAGUGGGAUUUACCGCUGCCGUGCCCAGAGCCGGUUAUCUCAGAAGAACGUGACGAGCCCUGAACAUACGGUCUAUAUUGUCUCGAAGCAUACGACAGUCCCUGAGAAUUUAGGAAUAGCUGCCUUUUUCCUUUCUCUCCUGGCCUUGUUCAUCAACAUUGCAAUUCUUUUUUGGCUGGGCUGCCAAAGAUUUGGAACCAAACAGAACACAUCCACUGCAGCUAAAAGUUUUCCUGGACCUGAAAAGUCUUCAAAGGGAGGUUUGCCACACCCUGAAAUCGACGGAGAUGUGUACAUGAAUUACACAAACACCAGCCCAGCCUACACUGACCUGGACCCCACCAUUGUGGCUGUGGAUAAUGUGUACUCGAGUCUGUCAUGAACAUCCAUGGAAAGAUGGAGAUGUGCAAUAAAAAGACAAAAAGAGCAUUUUCUUCAGCAGCAGAAUUUCUGCAAAGAGAGCCUAACAUUUAACCUGAUAGAUUAGCGUUUGCUAUGUAUGUUUGAUUUAAUCUAAUUUGAUACAGGUUAUUUAACACAGUCUGAAUGUGGUAAAACCUGCACAUCUGUAGUUCUAGCUAGAUAG